CUGGGAGGAGCUUUUGGACUUGUUUACCGUCCCCACCGGGGGAAGGAGGAGCUGGCAGGCGGGCCGGACAGGAGGACACACCGGCGGUGGCUGCUGCCUCACGAGGAUGUCUUUAAAUGUUCCUGCCUGCAGCUUUGGCGUUCAUCUGGAUAUUAAUGCUGCUAUGGAGAAAUAAAACCACAACAGCAGCUAUGCCUGGGAAAAGCGAGGGAUCGGUUAAGGAGGACAUUUCCACUGCACAGACCCGCUGUCGGGCAGGCGCUCCCAAAUCCAAAUGCAAUGACGGCAACAGCCUUCUGGCCAGCCGUGAGUCUGCAGGUGUUUCGGACAAGGUGGCAGAGCCCGAUCCUCUGCAGGCCUCCGUAAAGGUAAAUUCAGGGCAGAAACCCUGGAAAAGCAUCCCACCGAUGCUCAGUUCAAGAUCAGAGGCGAGGCAGCGCCUGAAGUUCAUCCUCGGCGCAUCGGAGGAUAACUCCUCAGACGAGGAGGUGCUGUUGACCAAACCUCCGAGCGGCGCGUCUCAACCUCUGGCUUCUGCUCCCAAGUCUGCCACUGAGCAGGCACCCGCUGCUGCGUCACCGUCCAGCUCCGUGGUGCUAAAGCCUAGCAUGUCUGGUCCUCACCUGGUGAAAAAAGGACGUGAACACAGAAAGAUGGAUCUCCACAGGGAUUUCACCGUGGCCUCCCCUGCUGAGUUUGUCACUCGAUUCGGUGGCAACCGGGUCAUAGAAAAGGUGCUGAUCGCCAACAACGGCAUCGCUGCGGUCAAAUGCAUGCGCUCUAUCCGUCGCUGGUCCUACGAGAUGUUUCGUAACGAGAGGACCAUCCGUUUCGUGGUCAUGGUCACCCCUGAAGACUUGAAGGCUAACGCAGAAUACAUAAAAAUGGCUGACCACUAUGUGCCUGUGCCCGGCGGCACCAACAACAACAACUACGCCAACGUAGAGCUGAUCGUAGACAUCGCCAAACGAAUCCCAGUGCAGGGUGUGUGGGCCGGCUGGGGCCAUGCGUCGGAAAACCCGAAGCUGCCGGAACUCCUGAACAAAGCAGGAAUAUCAUUCUUGGGUCCAUCCAGUAAAGCCAUGUGGGCUCUUGGAGAUAAGGUGGCUUCUUCCAUUGUUGCCCAGAGCGCUGACAUUCCCACACUGCCAUGGAGCGGAUCAGGUCUGAGAGUGGAGUGGACUGAAGGGGACCAAAAUCGGGGACACGUGGUCAGCGUUCCUCCGGAGGUCUACUCAAAGGGCUGUGUCCGCGACGUAGACGAUGGUCUGGCAGAAGCUGAAAAAAUUGGUUAUCCAGUUGUUAUCAAGGCCUCGGAGGGUGGAGGUGGAAAGGGCAUCCGUAAAGUUGAACAUUCAGAUGAGUUUCCGAGUUUCUUCAGACAGGUUCAGACUGAGGUUCCGGGAUCCCCCAUUUUUAUCAUGCAGCUGGCGCAGCAUGCGAGGCACCUGGAGGUGCAGAUACUGGCGGACGAGUACGGAAAUGCAAUCUCCCUGUUUGGACGAGACUGCUCCAUCCAGAGAAGGCACCAAAAGAUCAUAGAGGAGGCUCCCGCCACCAUCGCUCCCGCCUCAACCUUAGAGCAAAUGGAGCGGCAUGCAGUGCGGCUGGCCAAGAUGGUGGGCUACGUGAGUGCCGGCACUGUGGAGUAUCUCUACUCAGAGGACGGGAGCUUCCACUUUUUGGAGCUGAAUCCUCGCUUGCAGGUGGAGCAUCCGUGCACCGAGAUGAUCGGGGAUGUAAACCUGCCAGCUGCCCAACUUCAGAUUGCAAUGGGCAUCCCUCUGCACAGAAUUAAGGACAUCCGAGUGCUUUAUGGGGAAAGUCCGUGGGGCGACUCUGUCAUUAGCUUUGAAACUCCGGACUGCGUUCCAAAUCCAAGAGGGCACGUCAUAGCGGCUCGCAUCACCAGCGAGAAUCCAGACGAGGGGUUCAAGCCCAGCUCUGGCACCGUGCAGGAGUUGAACUUCCGCAGCAGUAAAAACGUCUGGGGUUACUUCAGUGUGGGGGCCACCGGUGGCCUCCAUGAAUUUGCCGACUCCCAGUUCGGACACUGUUUUUCAUGGGGAGAGAACCGAGAGGAAGCCAUCUCCAACAUGGUGGUGGCCAUGAAGGAGCUGUCCAUCAGAGGAGAUUUUAGGACAACGGUGGAAUACCUCAUCAAGCUUCUGGAGACCGAAAGCUUCAGGAACAACGACACAGACACUGGCUGGUUGGACCAUCUCAUCGCGGAGAAAGUGCAGGCAGAGAGACCAGAUACCAUGCUGGGCAUUGUUUGUGGAGCUCUGCAUGUUGCUGAUGCCAGCUUCAGAAAGAGCAUGCUAGACUUCCUGCAUUCCCUGGAGAGGGGCCAGGUGCUGCCGGCAGACAGCCUGCUCAACUCUGUCACCGUAGACCUGAUCUAUGAAGGAGUCAAGUACUGUCUGAAGGUGGCUCGCCAAUCCCAGACAACCUACGUCAUCAUCAUGAACGGCUCGGACAUCGAAAUAGACGUUCACAGGUUGAAUGACGGGGGUCUCCUGCUGUGUUACGACGGCAACAGCCACACGACAUACAUGAAGGAGGAAGUAGACAGCUACCGCAUCACUGUGGGCAACAAGACCUGUGUGUUUGAGAAGGAGAGGGAUCCCACAGUCCUGAGGUCGCCCUCUGCUGGUAAACUGCUGCAGUACACCGUGGAGGAUGGAGGUCAUGUUUUUGCAGGAGAACCUUAUGCAGAGAUUGAGGUGAUGAAGAUGGUGAUGACUCUGACCGUGCAUCAGUCUGGGUGUAUACACUUUGUCAAGAGGCCAGGGGCUGUUCUGGAGCCUGGUUGUGUCACUGCUCGUAUGGAUCUGGACGACCCCAGCAGUAUACUCAAGGUGGAGCUCAACACAGCUACACUGCCGCCCCAGCAGUCCCUGCCCAUGGUCGGGGAAAAGCUUCACCAGGUGUUCCACAAUGUGCUGGAAAACCUGGUCAGAGUGAUGGACGGGUACUGCCUCGAUGAGCCUUACUUCAGCACUAAGCUGAAAGAAUGGGUCGCGACCCUGAUGAAGACUCUGAGGGACCCAUCGCUUCCACUGCUGGAGCUUCAGGAGAUCAUGACCAGCGUGGCCGGUCGCAUUCCUGCUACUGUUGAGAAGGACAUCCGUAAGGUCAUGGCUCAGUAUGCGAGCAACAUCACCUCCGUCCUCUGCCAGUUCCCCAGUCAAAGGAUUGCUAACAUCUUAGACAGCCAUGCAGCCACAUUGCAGAGGAAGGCUGACCGGGAGGUUUUCUUCAUGAACACUCAGAGUAUUGUUCAGCUAGUGCAGAGAUAUCGCAGCGGGAUCCGUGGUUACAUGAAAUCUGUGGUUCUUGAUCUGCUGAAGCGCUACCUGCAGGUCGAGAUGCAGUUCCAGCAAGCUCACUAUGACAAGUGUGUGGUCAACCUGAGAGAGCAGCACAAACCGGACAUGAGUCCCGUGCUUGACUACAUCUUCUCGCACGCUCAGGUGUCCAAGAAGAACAUCCUGGUGACUAUGCUCAUAGACCAGCUGUGUGGACGUGACCCCACCCUUGCUGAUGAGCUCAUGGCUAUUCUGAACGAACUCACACAGCUGAGCAAGAUGGAAAACUCAAAGGUUGCGUUGAGAGCCAGACAGGUCUUGAUUGCCUCCCAUUUGCCAUCGUACGAACUGAGACACAACCAGGUGGAGUCCAUCUUUCUGUCAGCUAUUGACAUGUACGGCCACCAGUUUUGCCCGGAAAACCUUAAGAAACUUAUUCUCUCUGAAACCUCAAUUUUUGACGUCUUGCCCAACUUCUUCUAUCACGCCAAUCAAGUUGUGUGCAUGGCUGCCUUAGAGGUGUACGUUCGCAGGGCUUACAUCGCCUACGAGCUGAACAGCAUCCAGCAUCACCAGCUGCUGGAUGGCACAUGCGCCGUGGACUUCCAGUUCAUGUUGCCGUCGUCGCAUCCGAACAGAGGGAGCAGCCCUACUCUGAGCAGGCUUCCUGUGGCAGCCGGCGAAUCGGGCCAGUUUAAAGUGAAGCGGCAGGGCAGUGAGCUGUUAAUGGACGGAGCCUUUUCUCCACCCUGCCAACGAAUGGGAGCUAUGGUAGCUUUCCAGUGCUUUGACGACUUCAAAAGGAAUUUUGAUGAAGUUCUGUCGAGUUUCGCUGAGCCGCUGUUGGGGAGCGCGUCGUUCUUAGAGUCCUGUUCCAGUUUCUAUGAGGAGGAGAACAUGAAGAGCAAGAGGGAGAACCCCAUCCACAUCAUCAACGUGUCGAUAAAAACGGCGGACACAGAGGACGACGACGCCUUGGUCAAAGCCUUCACCACCUUCGUUCAGUCAAAGAAAGCCAUUCUUUUUGAGUAUGGGAUCAGGAGAAUGACCUUUUUGAUUACUCAGAAGAGAGAAUUUCCAAAGUUCUUCACAUUCAGGGCUCGAGAUGAGUUCCAGGAAGACCGAAUUUACAGAAAUCUUGAGCCAGCUCUAGCGUUCCAGCUGGAGCUGAACCGAAUGAGGAACUUUGACCUGACAGCAGUUCCCUGCGCCAACAAGAAGAUGCACCUGUAUCUGGGAGCGGCCCGGGUCCAAGAGGGUGCUGAAGUAACGGACUACCGCUUCUUCAUCCGGGCAAUUAUCCGCCACUCAGAUCUCAUUACGAAGGAAGCUUCAUUUGAGUACCUUCAAAAUGAAGGAGAGCGCCUCCUGCUGGAGGCCAUGGAUGAGUUGGAGGUUGCCUUCAGUAACACCAGCGUUCGCACAGACUGCAAUCACAUCUUCCUUAACUUUGUCCCCACUGUCAUCAUGGACCCUUCUAAAAUCGAGGAGUCGGUGCGCUCCAUGGUGAUGCGCUACGGCAGUCGUCUUUGGAAGCUGCGGGUCCUGCAGGCCGAGCUAAAGAUCAACAUUCGCCUGACGCCGACCGGCUGCGCCGUUCCUAUCCGCCUGUUUAUCACUAAUGAAUCGGGCUACUAUUUGGACAUCAGUCUGUAUAAAGAAGUCACCGACCCGAGCUCUCGACAGAUCAUGUUUCAGUCCUAUGGAGACAAGCAGGGUCCGUUGCAUGGUAUGCUGAUCAACACUCCCUAUGUGACCAAAGACCUGCUGCAAGCCAAGCGCUUCCAAGCUCAGACUCUGGGCACCACCUACGUGUAUGAUGUCCCUGAGAUGUUCAGACAGGUGCUGCUAACUCACUGGACUGCACUUAAUAUCUGCUAUGACCUCCUGCUUUAUUUCACUUUCCAUAAAUCAUUAUUUCAGGCGUUGUUCAAGGUGUGGGUUCCAGGAGACAAAUGUCCCAAAGAUGUGCUGAUGUGCACCGAGCUCGUUCUGGACCCAGAAGGUCGACUUGUGCAGAUGAACCGUCUGCCUGCUGAUAAUGAUGUGGGAAUGGUGGCCUUUAGGAUGAAGAUGAAGACCCCCGAGUACCCAGAGGGCAGAGACAUCAUUGUCAUCUGUAACGACAUCACUCACAUGAUCGGUUCGUUUGGUCCUCAGGAGGACGAGCUGUUUCUCAGGGCGUCCGAGCUGGCCCGGGCUGAGGGGAUCCCCCGCAUUUACAUAGCAGCCAACAGCGGCGCUCGCAUCGGGCUCGCCGAGGAGGUCAAACAUAUGUUCCAGGUGGCCUGGAUAGACCCUGCCGAUCCCUACAAGGGUUUCAAAUAUCUUUACCUGACACCGCAGGACUACACCCGUAUCAGCUCCGCCAACUCCGUUCACUGUCAGCAUGUAGAGGAAGGAGGAGAGUCCAGAUACAUCAUCACUGACAUCAUUGGGAAAGACGAAGGUCUUGGUGUUGAGAACCUGCGAGGUUCCGGCACCAUCGCUGGGGAAUCUUCUCAGGCCUACGAAGAGAUCGUCACCAUCAGUAUGGUGACGUGUCGCGCUAUUGGAAUCGGAGCCUAUCUGGUCCGCUUGGGACAGCGAGUGAUCCAGGUGGAGAACUCCCACAUCAUCCUGACCGGAGCUGGUGCUCUUAACAAGGUUCUGGGCAGAGAGGUUUACACCUCCAACAACCAGCUGGGAGGGAUUCAGAUCAUGCACAACAACGGGGUCACGCACACAACGGUCCCCGACGACUUUGAGGGUGUCUUCACCAUCCUGCAGUGGCUUUCGUACAUGCCAAAGAACAACCGCUCCCCUGUGCCUGUUAUAGCAACUACAGACCCAGUAGACAGAGAGAUAGAGUUUGUUCCCACAAAAGCCCCGUACGACCCGCGUUGGAUGCUGGCUGGCAGGUCUCACCCCGUGUCAAGAGGCGUGUGGCAGAGUGGAUUCUUUGACCACGGCUCUUUUAUGGAGAUCAUGGGGUCCUGGGCUCAGACUGUGGUCGUGGGAAGAGCAAGGUUGGGAGGGAUCCCUCUUGGUGUGAUCGCUGUUGAAACGCGGACAGUUGAGCUCACCAUCCCUGCAGAUCCUGCAAACCUGGAUUCAGAGUCUAAAGUUCUGCAGCAGGCUGGCCAGGUUUGGUUCCCUGAUUCUGCUUUCAAAACAGCUCAGGCCGUUUGUGACUUUAACCGUGAACGUCUGCCUCUGAUGGUGUUUGCCAACUGGAGGGGCUUCUCUGGGGGGAUGAAAGAUAUGUACGACCAGGUGCUGAAGUUUGGGGCCUACAUUGUGGACGCCUUGCACAGUUUUCGCCAGCCGGUGUUGGUGUACAUCCCACCCCAUGCCGAGUUGAGAGGAGGUUCCUGGGUGGUGAUAGAUCCCACCAUCAACCUGCUGUGCAUGGAGCUCUACGCUGACAGGGAGAGCAGAGGGGGCGUGCUGGAGGCGGAGGGCACGGUGGAGAUUAAAUUUCGGAGGAAGGACCUACUAAAGACUAUGAGAAGACUCGAUUCGGUCUACGCCAGUCUGGUUGAGCAGCUCUCUUCGCUGGAGCUGUCGGACAAACAAAUCAAGGAACUGGAGGAGAAGCUGAGAGCAAGGGAAGAAUUCCUGUUACCCAUCUACCACCAGGUGGCGGUGCAGUUUGUCGAUCUGCAUGACACGCCAGGCAGGAUGCAGGAGAAAGGGGUCAUCACUGAUAUUUUAGACUGGAAACAGGCCCGGACCUUCUUCUACUGGCGUCUGCGGCGGCUCCUGUUGGAACAGGUGGUCAAGUGUGAGAUCAUGGAGGCCAACAAGGAUCUCAGUGAUGGGCACAUGCAGUCGAUGCUGCGCAGGUGGUUCGUUGAAACGGAGGGGACAGUCAAGGCUUACCUUUGGGAUAACAACCAAGCAGUGGUGGAGUGGCUUGAGAGGCAUUUGUCCACAGAGGACGGCACCCGCUCAGUCAUUCGAGAAAAUAUCAAGUACUUGAAAAAAGAAAACGUUUUAAAGCACAUUCGUAGCUUGGUGCAGGCCAACCCUGACAUAGCCAUGGACUGCAUCAUCCACAUGAGCCAGAACAUUUCACCCUCCCAGAGGGCCACAUUGUCACAUCUGCUCGCGACGAUGGACACCACCAGCACCGGCGCCGGUUAAGCUCUGGGACUUCAUCGGGUCGCACCGUAAAAGAGAGCAAGAGCAAAAGCUCUAUUGUAGUUUGUUGUACUGUCGAAGCGUGUCAGCACAAAGUCGCUUUAAUGUUGAAAGGUCCAGGAUGUAAAACGGAUUGAGCAUAAAUAGGGAUUUCAGCAGUGACUUUCUAAUAUUUGUUUUAUACCAAAAAAGAAAACAGUGAUAAAAAAUGUGGGCUGUUGAACUGCCUUUUCAUGCUUGUCAUAAACCACAUGUUAGUGCCUUGUACGUUUAAAUGAACUAUUUAGAAAUUUCUCCUGGUCACUCCAGGAAGCCUUCCUCUCCACUCGACAGCCUGACAUUGUAACGCACACCUCACUUUGCUGGAUUAAGCACAUCCGUGUUCAAUGUUAUGACUUUAAGUCACAGCAAUUUUGCCUUAUUGGAUCGUGUGCAGUGUAUUGGGGCUUUUUAUAAAAAGCCCCCAUUUAUAAUUUCUACAUAAAUUUAUAACUGAAAUGUUUGUCUUUAAAUAUCACGGGUAAAAAAAAUAAGCUGAAAUACCACUCUUGGUUUCCUUUAAUAAAACCUCUGAAAAAUAAAGUGUGUGCCGCAGCAAUAGCAAAAUCAAUCA